ACUAUUUUUUUGUGUAAAAAAAAAUUGCUAACGAUUAACUUCAAAAUGAUUUGUGGCCAAUAUCAUGAUUUUGAAUAAACCCUAAUGUUAAUAAAAGAGUAAAUAGUUAAUUUUUAAUGAACCAAAAAUAACUAACAAAAAAACUUUUGAGGAUCUACCUCUGCUGGGAAGGAAGUAUUCAUGGUAUCAACCAAAUGGCCGAUGCAUGAGUCGCCUAGAUAGGUUUUUAUUCAAUGAUGAAUGGAUAUUGAAAUGGCCUGAUACAAAACAGUGGGGACUUCAAAGAUCUCUGUCAGACCAUUGCCCGAUAUUAGUUAAAAAUGAGGCUAGCAAUUGGGGGCCAAAACCAUUCAAAUUCUUCAAUGCUUGGUUACAUACCCCAGGUUUCACAGACAUGGUUACAGCAAAAUGGAAGGAGUUAGAAAUUCAAGGCUGGGGAGGAUUCAUUUUAAAGGAGAAGCUGAAGAUGACAAAGGACUUUCUCCGAGGGUGGUCAAAGUCCAAUAUACAGGAAGUGGACAGAAAAAUUGAGCAAUCCAGGGAGGAGAUAAACAGAGUUGAUGGCAAAGGAGAAACAAGCAAUCUGUCAAAUGAAGAUGUUAUUUUCAGGAGCUCUCAUUACAUUGAGUUGCUAAAGAAUAUGCAGAUGAAAGAAGAGAUGGCUCAACAGAAAGCUCGGAAAACUUGGCUGAAAUCAGGAGAUGCUAACACUGGUUUUUUCCACAAAUGCAUCAGAGGGAGAUGGCGCAGAAACGAAAUAAAUGUAAUUUCGGUUGAAGGUGAAGAGCUGAGACAAGUUGAAGACAUAAAGCAGGGCGUUAUGAAGUAUUUUGCAAAUUUAUUCUCUGAUGAGGGGUGGCAAAGACCGACUUUAGAGGGGCUAAGCUUCAAAUCUAUUUCAGAGGAGGACAUAAGCAUGCUCAUUGAACCUUUUACAGAAAAAGAAGUAAAAGAGGCGGUAUGGAAUUGUGACAGCACCAAAGCACCGGGACCGGACGGUUUUACUUUUGGCUUUAUAAAAAAUGAAUGGGAGGUGAUUAAAGCAGAUAUCAUGGUCUUCCUCAAGGACUUUCACACAAAUGGAAGGAUGGUAAGGGGUUCUAAUGCUUCUUUCCUGGUUUUGAUUCCGAAGAAAGAGAAUCCUCAAGGCAUAGAAGAGUAUAGACCCAUUUCCUUAAUCGGCUGCAUGUAUAAGAUUCUUGCCAAAGUGUUAGCAAACAGACUCAGUAGAGUACUAAACACAAUUAUAGGGGAGAGUCAAUCUGCUUUCAUCGAAGGAAGACAACUGGUUGACAGUGUUGUUGUGGCAAACGAGGUAAUUGAUGAGGUGAGGAAAAGAAAAUCCCAGUGUUUUGUAUUCAAGAUUGACUUUGAGAAGGCAUAUGAUAAGGUGAGCUGGUCUUUCUUGGACUACAUGAUGGAGAAAAUGGGCUUCGACAAAGUAUGGCGGGAGUGGAUUGCUGAAUGUUUAAGAUCGAAUACUGUAUCCGUGUUAGUUAAUGGAAGUGCUACCAAAGAGUUCUCAAUGUCAAGAGGGCUUCGACAAGGAGAUCCACUAUCUCCAUUUCUGUUCUUAAUGGUGGCAGAAGCUCUAAAUGGACUAACUUCGACAGCAGUAGAAAAGGGUUAUUUCUGUGGAGUAAAAAUAGGAGACGGGGAGUUAGAGAUCAGCCAUCUACAAUUCGCAGAUGACACAAUCUUUAUGGGAGAGGCAACCGAAGACAACAUAUGGAUGAUUAAAUGCAUCAUGAGGGCAUUUGAAUUGGUGUCAGGCUUGAAGCAAACCCAAGGAGAAUAGAUACUUG